CCUAACAACUUUUCUAAAUGUACUGAAUUCAAUACCUCUAUUUUUUGUUUUUAUUUCUAUAAGCAAUGCAAAAUUUCCAAGCUUUUUUAAUCUCUUAAUAUUUCAUCCUUUUGGUUUGGUAACUGUGUGUCAAUGGCUGCGCCCACUAACAGUGGAGAGUCGGACAUGGCUAUUGAAGAACUCUACUCGGAUUUUUCGUUCUUACUUUACCCUACGUUUUCGCCGCCAUGCUUGACUCCGUUGCCGCCACUGCACGUUCUACCCUCGUCCAGUUCAAUUGUCAUUUAUCAAGGGUCUAAUCAAUCCAUGGACGAUCCAACACAAAAUCAAGAGCACGAAGACAUUGUUGACCCGGCACUAUACUUGGCCGGAGACUCGGUGUUGUUGCAGCAGCAGCAGCAGCUACGUCAGAACUGGAGCGAGGCGUCAGAUUGGAGGCCAACAGGGGGAAUUAUGACGAUGAACGUACUGGAGUUACAGAGCAACAAUCAGGGCUUUGAAGAAUCGAAUAUGGGUUUUGAGGAAGAAUCCGAGGAGAUGAGCUGUUUCUAUUUCCCUCCGUCGUCGCCCACAUAUUUCCCUCUGUAUCCGCCGGUGCCAAGUGUUUUUUUCGUUUCUACUAAUAUACAGGACAUAAGCUUGGCGUUUUCUUAUCAGCACAUACUUGAGGACAAGAGCGGUGCGUUGCAUGUGAUCAACUGGGAGGAAAGCGAUAGCAUCUUUGCGUUGCAUGUGAUCAACUUUGUGUCUUACCUGCGUAACAAGUUUGGAGAUUUGGAUCAAAUAGCAGGUAACAAGUUUGGUGAUUUGGAUCAAAUAGCAAGGGCGCCGGGCGUAGUGGUGCCCAAAGGCAUGGAGUCGUUGGUGCAUAACAUAUUGAAACAAGAGAACUACGAUGAGAGAGAAGCGACAUUAAGGCGGAUCAACUGGUUGGAACAACCGGACAAGGACAUGGUUGACCAGCCGGACUUCGAAAUUGUGAGCAUGGUGCAGCAACUAAUUCAGAAUAGGGGCGGUGAGUUGGAUGUGAUCUUAGGAGGGGGAGUUUUAAUGAUCAACGGGCUGGAAUGCAGAGACUGUCAAGGCUCGCCUUUGACUCCGGACACAUUGCGUAUUUGUCAGGCCAAGAUCUCCGUUAGAGUGUGGCUGGGACACGGCGGCCAAUGGGCGUCCGAGAUGCGUUAUAGGUGUAAUCGCCUCAACAUUGGCAGUUUCACAACCGUGGAGGAUGCCAUCUCAGGUUAUGAGCUUGUAACAAGGUUGAGUGGAUGGAUGGAUCAUACCGGUAUCCCUAGACUCUCUGAAAAUGCAAACAGAUCAAAACUGUUGCUGCAGUUGCCACCGGUAGCACAAGAAGAGAAACUAGAUGAGGAUUUUGGAAUUGAGGUAGUUGGAACAAGUAGUGAGCACACAUGGGAAUGUGUAAAGGUAGAUCAGGCUCAGUUGAAUUCUGGGUGUUUGGGAAAAAGGAAAAUAAAGGAAAAGAACCCAGGGGGAGAGAGAAGAAACAAGAAAACAAAUGGAGUUAAAAUUACAAUUCCUCUCAAGGAUAUCUCACAAACCAAGGGAAUGCAUCUUAAAGAUGCUGCAAAUCAUCUCGGAGUUACUAUCACCGAGCUGAUGAGUUUUUGUCGGGAAUAUGGUAUCCAAAUAUGGUCACCUUGCAAUGAACACAAGCUUAUCAUGCAACCUCUUCCCGAUGAAACUCCUGCAGUUGUCAAUCAAGAGGUCAUGCCACAGUUGACUUCUCAUAAUGUGCCUUCUGAUCAAUCCUUUAUGGCUACCGUUGACGCAAAUAGUGUUGUUGAAAAAGAAAUUCCGUUGACACAAUUUUUGCCUAUAGCUCAACAAGAGAACCUUGAUGCAUGUUUUGGCUAUGAUGAAGCUGAGGCAAUCGGAAUGGGGGGUGAGGAAAUAGGGGAAGGUGUAAUCGAAGAGGCUCAAGUGAAUUCUGGGUGUUUGGAAAAACAAGGAAAAAUGAAGGUAAAUACCCCAGGAGGUGAGAGAGGCAAUAACAGAACUACUGGUGUUAGAAUUGCAAUUUCGGAUGAAGAUAUCUUACUAACUAAGGGAAUGCGUCUUAAGGAUGUUGCAAAUCAUCUUGGAGAUGAAGAUUUUGGCAAUGUUGAAGCUGGGGCAGUUGGAAUGGAGAGUAGGGGAACUAGGCAAAGUGAUAUGGAAGAGGUCCAGCUUAAUUCCAGGUAUUUGGAAAAAGAGAAAAUGAAGGAAAUGACCCCAGGCGGAGAGAGAAGAAACAAGAAAAAUGCAAUUUCUUUGGAAGAUAUCUUCUGGUGUAUGAAAAUGCCUCAAAAAGUUGCUGCAAAGCAUCUCAAAGUUAGCCUAUCCACACUGAAGCGAGCUUGUCGAGGGCAUGGCAUCCCCAGUUGGCCACCUUGCGGGGAACACAAUCAAUCUCACCCCAACGAAUCUCCCGCUGUUGUUGAUAAAGAGCAAAUCCCACAACUGAAUUCUGAUACGCUUCUGCCUUCUAAUCAAGUCUCAGCUACUACUGGCAAAGAAAGUGUGACUGUGAAGGCAAGAUUUAGUACAGUUACAAUGAAAUUUCAGUUGUCUUGGCCAUGGAGAAUGGAAGAGCUAAAACAACAAGUGGAAAAGAGGUUGGGACACGAGGCUGAAAAUUAUUACAUUUGCUACAAAGAUCAGGACAAUGAUGAUGAUUUAUUAAUAGCUUGUGAUGAGGAUUUACAGGAUCAUAUCUCCCAUUCUAGCCUACCCGGCACCAACUCGAUUGAGGUAUUUCUUAAGCCAAAGUAGCUGAUGAAUCUCGUGUUGACCAACUUAUUUUUCUUCAACUGUAUGUAUUAAGCGUUUAGUAUUUACCCUUCUAAUCUUGGUACUUAAAACCUUUACUGUACUAUAAUUAAGUGUUUAGUUAUAAUGUUUCCAGAUGCAAUAUUUGCAUAUGAGAUGUACUGCAUUUAGAGAUUCUCCAA